GAAGUUGAUGACAACGACGACAAUGAAUAAACCAAAACCUAUUGAUAUAACAAAUACUUUAAUAUCAUAUAAUGUGAAUGCAAUCAGUAGCACAUCUGAUAUGAUGAAUAAAUCUACUACACAAUCAAAUCGUAUAGGUACAGGCAUACCUUUAGCUUUAAUCACACCACCAACUAUUCAACACCAAUCAUAUGAACAGAACAGUGUUUUCAAUAACAAUAGCAACUCUCUAUAUCAUCAUUCGAAUAAUAAUGUUGAACAGUUACAAUCAACUAUUUUAUCUAAUUCAAUUAUUCCAUUCACUAGUAGUAAUAGUUGUAACUCAUUAAAUUCUAUACCACUUUAUCCAGCAAUGUCUAACGUGAUGAGACCUGUUCAACAACAAGCUGUUCCAAAUGCAAUUACAUAUCAAUUAUUCCCGACAACAUCAAUUACAAUGCCAACAACAAUGCUUAAUCAAAAUAUAUCAAAUUCUAGUAGUCUAAUAAAACCAUUAUCCAAAUGUGACAUAGAUGAUUUAUUAAGCUGACAACGA